AUGGCCGACUGGGGAAGUUCUCUACCUACCCGGAAGCAUUCUCCUCAUGACGAUGUUCACUUUGAUUCUGCGUUGAAGCCUCGCAAUCAUCGCAUGAUGGAGACCCCAUCCACGUCCAAGAUCUUGUUCCUUAACGUCCAAAUUAUAGAUUCCACCGGAAUCGAGCCGUACCAUGGUGAUGUCUACGUGAAAGGAGAGCGAAUUUGUUAUGUCGGGAAUGUGCCAAAUUUCGAGACUCUACGCAACGAUCCUACGGUUCGGGUGAUUCAGGGCAACGGUCGAACCCUCAUGUCCGGUCUAGGCGACGCGCACACUCAUUUCACGUGGAAUGAGACGGCUCUGGAUAAUCUUGGCGCAAUUGGGGUAGAGGAGCAUACCAUUAGCACGGCCCGGUCCGCAAUGAUCUACCUGGAUUCGGGAUAUACCAUGUGUUACGGAGCAGCUUCAGCCAAGGAUCGGCUUGACUGUGUUGUCCGCGAUGCCAUCAACCACGGGAGCAUCCCUGGCCCGCGUUAUCUCGCAAAUGGGAAGGAAAUUGCUCGUCGAGGGAAAGAGCUCACCUCGGGAAUUACUGCUUUUGCUGACGGACCGCUUGAGAUGCGGGAAGUUAUCCGGCAUCAUGCUGGACUGGGGGUUGACCAAAUUAAGCUGAGCAUGUCAGGCGAAGAGAUCCUUGAAGACCGUGCUGCAGAGGACAGCUACUUCAGUGAAACGGAAACAGCAGCAUGUGUGGACGAAGCACACCGUCUCGGCUUACGGGUUUGUUCCCAUGCUCGAGCUCGCGAAUCCGUCGCUCAAUGUGUGCGACACGGUGUCGAUGUCAUCUACCAUGCCAGCUACAUUGAUGAAGCCACCAUGGACGAGCUGGAAAAGAAUAAACACCGCCAUGUUGUUGCCCCCGCCUUGAACUGGCUGUAUGCAACUACAUAUGAUGCGGGUCCGUUUGGCUAUUCCUUUGACAAGGCUGAGCAGGAUGGAUACAAGAAAGAACUCGAUGUUGCCAUCAAGGCCUGCAAGGAAAUGCACCAAAGAGGGAUUACCGUCUUGCCGGGUGGUGACUAUGGUUUUGCUUGGACACCUCAUGGCACGUACUCCAGGGACUUGGAGCAUUUCGUGAAGCUGCUGGACUUCACUCCCAUGGAGGCGAUUAUUUCGGCCACGGCCGGAGUUGCUAAACUGUUUAUGCAGGAGCAGGAACUCGGCAAAGUCCAGCCUGGUUACUAUGCGGACAUAAUCUUAGUAGACGGUGAUCCUUUGAAGGAUAUCUCCGUUCUCCAGGACCAUGGCAAGCUUAAUGUCAUCAUGGUCAAUGGCAGGAUCCAUAAGGCGUCGCCAAUGGACUUUGAGCUUUCAAGACCCGCCCUGAUAGAGGAUCCUGCAAGUCAAGCCAGCAGCAAGCUCAGCAAUUAUGUGUCUUAUCUUGAUGACCAGCAGAGCCACCAUAUCGGUCACCUUGAUCUGGGCAACUCCAUGGUUACACCGCUAGCCAUGCUCUCUGGCGCGCCAGUCCGUACACUAUACCAGGUGAUUGAACUGAAUAAUGCAGUCGUCCCGUGUGGUGACCCUGUUCCCCUCGCUGGGCUCACCAUCCAGGCUCCGCUGAGCGACCGUGAUAUCCUAGCCGUGGGCAAGAACUAUGUGGACCAUGCCGUUGAGUUUAACCGGAGUGGAUUUGACUCAAGUGAUAAGAUCGACCAACCAACCCAUCCGGUUAUUUUCACCAAGCGGUCCACGAGCAUUGUUGCCUGCGGUAAUGAGAUUUAUCCUCAUACGGAGUUCACGGAAACCUUGGACUAUGAGGGUGAAAUUGGUGUCAUUAUUGGGAAGCCUGGGUUCCGGAUUGAUGAAAGGAAUGCCAUGGACUAUGUAUGGGGUUAUACCAUUAUCAACGAUAUAACAGCUCGUGAACGACAAAGGAACCACAGACAAUUCUACCUCGGAAAGUCAGCAGACACACUCUGCCCGAUGGGUCCAAUCGCUGUCCCGGCUGGCCAACUCCCGAAAAAGCUACGCGUGCAGACCUUUGUCAAUGGGGAGAAACGCCAGGACUCUACCACAGAUAACCUCAUCUUCUCUGUCGCGAAGCUGAUUUCUGUUAUUUCCGAAGGUGGGACGAUCAGGCCCGGGGAUGUCAUUGCAACUGGCACUCCCGCCGGUGUUGGUAUUGGCAAGAACCCGGCCAAGUUCCUCAAGCCUGGGGAUAAAAUUGAGGUAUCUGUGACCGGGCUUGGUUCUCUCGAAAAUCGCAUUGCGGAUCCGUCAUCAGAGAACGCUGUUGCUAAGCGUGUUUCUCUUGAAAGUCACUUGGCCAAUCUCAACAUUGAACGCACAGUGUAUGGAUCCGGCCUGAUGUGUCUUGAUGGAAAACAAGUGAACGUCCGUAAAAUUGGAACAGGACCGGAUAUCGCCGUGUUCGUCCACGGACUCGGUGCUUCGAGUGAAUAUUACACGCCAAUUAUCAAAAGCGGAGGCUUUGAAGAUAAUUACACGAGCUAUGUCUAUGAUCUUGAAGGGCAUGGACUAUCAGCGACCAAUGUUGCCUCGAUCGUCACCAUCGAGAGUUUUGCAGAUGAUCUUGCUAAUGUGGUUGCAUUGGCUGGAGCCCGCUCAGUCACUCUUUUCGCCCACUCCUUAGGCUGCCUCAUUGCCAUGGCUUUUACACUUCGCGACACAAGCAAAGUUAAGAAGCUGGUUCUUAUGGGACCACCGCCAUGUCCUCUCCCCGAAGCUGGCAAGAUCGCGAUGAGCAAACGUGCCGCUGCCGUUCGUGCAACGGGUAUGAUGGCAUCAGAAACAGCAGACGCCGUAAGCCAAUUUGGAACAUCUAGUGCCACAAAGAUCUAUCAGCCUGUUGCAUAUGCCGCAGUUCGCGCGUCGCUUCUUUCCACAAACCCCGAGGGAUACGCCAAGGCUUGUAUGGCAAUUGCGACAGCGUCUUCCAUGGCAGUGGAAAAGUUGACGAUGCCUGUUCUCCUGAUAACUGGUGAUGAAGACAAGACUUCCCCUGUGAACGUUGUAACGGACCUAUACGAGCGUCUCCCCGAUUCUCGCAUGGAGGUUCUGCGAUGUACUGGCCACUGGCACGUGUACGAGAAUGUCGAGGGGGUCUCGCGUUUGAUACGGUAUUUCGCUUGACUAGGUGACCAGGAUUAUAAGUUUCCGGAAAUGCAAGCACCUGAGGCGUCGCUAAAAAUGAAGAAGCCCAGUCUCAGAAGUAGUACGGGGUUCCUGGUCAAGCUUCUAGCUACAUUCAUCCUCAUUGUCUUUGUCUUCCUGACUAUUCUUUUCGUUGAAGAGCUGCCGGUUCAAAAUCUGCGUGAGCCUGUACGCCGUAUUCGCCAUUUUUAUACCAUUAUGAUUCGGUGGAUCGAGUUGUCGCUUGAUAGGUAUUACAUACCAAUAUAGUUAACCCAAUUCAAGUUCGCCUUCUUCACGAUUUCGGGAGUCAUGUCGCAACGACCGCUGCCACGUAUCAAACACAAGGCGGAUUCCUUCAUAACAGCAUCCAAAUGAUUCUCUA